CGUCAAUUUCAGCCACAUUGAUAAAAAAAAGCAGAUAACAAUGGUGACAGACGUACAGUUGGCCAUAUUUGCUAACAUGCUCGGCGUGUCGCUGUUCCUGCUGGUUGUCUUGUACCACUACGUGGCCGUCAACAACCCCAAAAAGCAGGACUAGUCCAGGACAUGGAGAGAUGUUGGAAUCACCACCACCCAGGAAAAGAAUACAUUCCCUCUCCUUAAAAUGAUUUCCUAAAGAUUGUGCAGUAGUUUCUUUUCUAAAUAAAAUAUGCAAAUUGUGCAGUAGUUUCUUUUCUAAAUAAAAUAUGCAAACACGCGC